CCCCAUCCCACCAGCAGAGCCCAUGGCAACCCUGCUGCCCAUCCUGUGCCUCCUGCUGGGAAUGUGGGACAUCCCUGACCACGGAGGAGCCUCCUGGAUCCCUGUAGAAUCCAACCUGAGACUCACCAGAGGCGGCUGCCGCUGCACUGGGGUACUGGAGGUGAACUGGGAAAACCAAUGGAGACAAAUUUGCCGGAACAGCGUGAGCGUGGCUGACCUGGACUGGAUCUGCCAGAUGCUGGAGUGUGGUCCUGUGGCCUCUGAGCCCUUGGAGCUCAUCAUUCGUGGUGGGAGAGGGCCACAGAGUCAGUCCAGUAAGUGCACGAGGACACCGAAUCGACUGGGAUGCAGCUGGGAGCUGGAAAACUGCACGGAGCACACCCUUGUCGCCUGUGGAGAGCCAGUGAAAACCACUCCCAAAUCCACAUCAGCACCCCCAUCCACCACCCCGGAGCCCCUAGGACCCCCCAGGCUGAGGCUGGUGGAUGGAAAUUUCAGCUGCUCUGGCUUCCUGGAGCUGCACAAGCAGGGGGUGUGGGGGACCGUGGCGAGCAUCCCUCACAUCCAGCCACACCUCGUCACCCUCAUCUGUCAGGAAUUGCUCUGUGGCACUGCUGGGAACAGCCAUGACCAGCCAGAUCCAGGGAUCCACCUGCCCGUGCAGUGGGAGGCAGUGGAUUCCUGUGGGAGCCAUUCCCUGCUGGACUGCUUCAACAGGACCAGCUCCCGAGGGAAAACGCCUGCCUUCAUCACCUGCUCAGAUUCCCAGCCGCGGGCCCUGCGGAGGCUGGCAGCUGGCCCCACUCCGUGCGAAGGGGACAUCCAGGUAUUCCAUGCAGGACAGUGGUGGGAUCUGUGUGACUCCGGAGCAGUGCAGCGAAACAAGCGGGGCCAGCAGAUCUGCCGGGAGCUGGGCUGUGGGAAUCUUACUUCCAGCAUGGAAAUCCGGGAGCCUCCCUCAACAGGAGUCACCUGUGGGAUUGGUUCCCUGCACCUCUGCCAGCCCGAGCGUGGGAAUAUCCGGAGCUGCUCCAGGACCAGAGUCGUGUGCCAGGACUCAAAGCCGCUUCCCACUGGCACAUCUGCUGGAACCAUCUCUCCAAGAAGAAGCAGCGCCAGUGGAUUGGCCCCACAGGACUCAACCAGACAGUGUCUUUCCACCGCUCCAGCACUGCACCGAGGCCUCGGGGACAGGGAGGGGACAACGACUAUGCUCAGGCCCCCCAAAAGAGCUCCCAGCUCUCUGCUUACGCAGCUCUGGAAGCAGCGUGCCAGCGUUCCAACCCUCCGGAUAACUCCUCGGACAGUGACUACGACCUGCACUCUGCCCGCAGGGUCUGAUUCCCUGCUUCCCAAAGGAGAUAAUCCCACCUCCCACCUCAGCCUUGGGGGCAUCCCAGCAUUCCAGCGCCCAACAGGAGCACUUCCCAACCUCCUCAUGGGAGAAAAGGAGGCUUUUGGUUUUGUUUUUUUAAGCUAUUUAUAGGAAUUUAAGAGAUUGGGGGGUGCAAGGAGCCCUUUGGAAUAGUGAGAUCACCAGCUUCUCCAAACCAAGAUAAAGAAUUGGGAUGAUGGAUAAGGGAUAGGGAUGCAAGGGUGGGAACGGUGGGAACAAUGGGAACGAGUCUGAGAUAUUUAAUAACCAACAACUGUAAUAAAAUUGGGGUUUUGUACUAAUUA